GGAGACUGCUAUAGAGCCAUGGUGAUUUUAUCGUCGCGGUAAAUUAGGAGAAGCAUCUACCUCAAAAUAAUUUAAAACCUCAGCUUCCUGAUGUGGAUGUGAUGUAUUGACUGAGGAGGCAGUGUCCGUGUCGGUCAUAUUUCACUGCAACACCUGGUUUAUUCCAGCCCUAUACAGCGCCUUCCCCCAAAUGACGAUGGCGGAUGACACGGAGGAUGUUGAGCUGGACUUUGCUGCUGACGAGCAGGAGAGGGCGCGGAGAAGCGCAGUCAUAAGACACCCCCUCGCCUCCUUUUUCCACCUGUUCUUCCGGGUGGGGGCCAUUGUCACCUAUUUGCUCUGUGACUGGAUCAGCGAGAACUUUGCAUCAUGUUUCGUGCUGAUCAUCACCCUGCUCUCUUUUGACUUCUGGUCCGUCAAGAAUGUGACUGGCCGGCUGUUGGUGGGGCUGCGCUGGUGGAAUCAGAUCGACGAGGAUGGAAAGAGCCUCUGGUUGUUUGAGGCCAAAAAAAGUUCCCGGGGCAAUAACAUUGGGACGGAGGCUGAGGCGAGGAUAUUUUGGCUGGGUCUCAUCAUCUGUCCUCUCAUAUGGAUGUUCUUCUUCUUCACCUCACUCUUCUCCCUGAAGAUUAAAUGGCUGUCACUUGUGGUAGCUAGUAUUUCCCUCCAAGUGGCUAAUCUCUAUGGUUACCUACGUUGCAAGACAGUGGGAGGGGAUGGCCUGAGUCCAGACACCCACUCUUUAACGGGACAGCACCUCCUGCAGCGUCCGGACAUCAUCUUUGGGAUACUAUGAAGAUUACCUCCUGUAGCUGUAAAGCCACUCUGCUGUGCUUGUGUGUGUUUAUGUGUCUGUGCCUUUGUGUGUGUGUGAGCGAGAGAGAGAAGGAGGGCGAUAGAUGAGAGCCGCCUCAACACCAAAGUUUCCACAAACUGCAUCUACUUGAAUGGCUGUGUGCCCUGUGCAUGCCUUUGCUGCUGACUGUUGACUUGACAUGUUGCCCAUUGAUCAGUCUGGCUAUUAUGUCAAUAAAA